AUGGCAGAACAAAGGGAAAACGAAAACAACUCCAGGUUGGAACAGAUCGUUAGGGAAGUUAUGCAAAGACACGCCGAAGAGGAAGCAUUAAGAGCAGCUGAGAAAGCUUCAAACCCAGCCCAACAAACGAUCGUCGGAUUCCCGAGAGACAAGCGAAGUUAUCAAGAAGCGAUGAACAGACCUAUUUCCAUAAUAAGUUACGAUCCUCCGGAAUAUCAGGAAAAAGAUCCAGACGGCGAGAGGAGUAACAGAACUUCAAAAUUGUAUGCCAGCGUAACAUCAGAAGAAAACAGUACACCUGGAAGCACAAAAAAGAGAAGGCGAGAUCCUAAGCUUUUGCAAAAUAUGUCUUCAGGAUUGGGAACAACAAAUAGCAGUAAAGAAGAAACUAGUCUAAUAAAUCCAUGUAGCAACAACCAAUGCACUUCAGUCGACUCAGAAAGCGAAGCCAAUCGAACUCCCAAACAAAAAUCCUCGGAUAAUCCAUUAGAUGGUGGCGAUAAGCCCUGGCAAACUUUAGUGUCCUACGUAGACGAAUUAACUGUGGGUGGUAGGAGAAACUCUAAAGGACAAUAUGUCGAUGGUAUGGGCAAUUUUCCGGGGUUUGGGAAAAAGAAACCGCCAAGAGUGCCCCCAGAUUGUUUUCCAACUAAUUUUUACGAAAAGUGCGUCUGUUUAAACAAAUGCGCCAAUUCGAAAAUUGGCAAAAAAUGGACGAGUCUUAGACAAUACGUGUUGAGCAUCGUGGACACUGCAGCAUUCGAAUGGUUUAUUUUAGUGUUAAUUUUCGCCUCCAGUGUUACACUUUGCUUUGAAGAUAUCCAUUUAGAUGAAAAUCCAGAUUUAAAAAGCGUUUUAUAUUGGACAAACCUUGCGUUUUCCGUUAUUUUUAUUAUCGAAAUGUUCCUUAAAUGGAUUGCCUUGGGUUUCCAUAAGUAUUUUACUAGCUUUUGGACGUUGUUAGAUUUUUUAAUAGUUUUUGUAUCGUUAUUUAGCUUAUUAAUUGAAGAAAACGAAAAUUUAAAAGUACUUCGAUCACUACGAACAUUAAGAGCAUUAAGGCCUUUAAGGGCCAUUAGUAGAUGGCAAGGAAUGAGGAUCGUUGUAAAUGCCUUAAUGUAUGCCAUUCCCAGUAUCUUUAAUGUAUUGUUGGUCUGUUUAGUAUUUUGGUUGAUUUUUUCUAUAAUGGGUGUACAGUUUUUCAGUGGAAAAUUUUAUAAAUGUGUUGACGAGGAAGGAGAACGAUUGGACGUAUCGAUUGUUAAUACAAAAUGGGAUUGUCUAUCACAAAAUUUUACAUGGAUCAAUUCCAAAAUAUCCUUCGACCAUGUUGGGAUAGCUUAUUUGGCCUUAUUUCAAGUGGCUACCUUCGAAGGGUGGAUGGAAGUGAUGGCGGAUGCAGUAGAUGCCCGAGGAGUUGAUCUCCAGCCCCAACGAGAAGCCAAUCUAUACUCCUAUAUUUAUUUUGUAAUUUUUAUUGUAUGUGGAUCGUUUUUUACACUUAACUUAUUUAUAGGAGUUAUUAUCGACAAUUUUAAUAUGCUCAAGAAAAAGUACGAAGGCGGUGUUCUGGAAAUGUUUCUCACCGAAAGUCAAAAGCAUUACUACACGGCUAUGAAGAAAUUAGGACGAAAAAAGCCGCAAAAAGUAAUAAAACGGCCAAUGAACCAAUGCUUGGCUAUGUUUUAUGAUUUAUCUAAUUCUCGCCGGUUCGAGAUAGCAAUAUUUGUGUUAAUUUUUUUAAAUAUGCUGAGUAUGGGUAUUGAACAUUACGGUCAGCCGCAUGCUGUGUUCUUUGUUUUAGAAGUUAGCAAUGCAUUUUUUACAACAGUUUUUGGAUUGGAAGCAAUAGUGAAAAUAAUAGGUUUAAGGUACCACUACUUUACCGUUCCAUGGAAUGUUUUCGAUUUUUUAUUAGUGCUGGCUUCCAUUCUCGGCAUUCUCAUGGAAGAUAUAAUGAUAGACUUCCCUGUCUCUCCAACUCUUCUUAGAGUAGUUAGAGUUUUUAGGAUAGGACGAAUUUUACGAUUGAUUAAAGCUGCCAAAGGUAUAAGAAAGCUCCUCUUCGCUCUGAUAGUAUCCCUUCCCGCCUUAUUUAAUAUAGGAGCUCUUCUUGCUCUUAUAACUUUUAUUUACGCCAUCAUCGGCAUGUUUCUUUUCGGCCAUGUACGCCAGCAGGGAGCGCUGGAUGAUAUGGUAAACUUCGAAACGUUUGGAAGAUCUAUGCAUCUGCUUUUUAGGCUGAUUACUUCAGCAGGAUGGAAUGAUGUAUUAGAAUCAUUAAUGAUCGAGUAUCCAGACUGUGAUCCACAUUUUAGAAAUCAGAGUAAUGGUGAUUGUGGUUAUCCACUACUAGCAAUAAUAUAUUUUACUAGUUUUAUUAUUAUAAAUUAUAUGAUAGUUAUUAACAUGUACAUUGCAAUUAUUCUUGAGAACUUUAACCAAGCUCAUCAGGAGGAAGAAAUUGGUAUCGUAGAAGACGAUCUGGAAAUGUUCUACAUUAGAUGGAGCAAAUACGAUCCUCACGCUACGCAGUUUAUCCGCUUCUCCCAGCUGUCAGACUUCAUAGCGUCCUUGGACCCUCCGUUGGGCAUAUCAAAGCCGAAUACGGUGGCCUUAGUAAGUUUUAACUUACCGAUUGCAAAAGGCAAUAAAAUUCAUUGCCUGGAUAUUUUACACGCACUUGUGAAACACGUACUAGGACACGUUGAAGAGACUGAAAACUUCCGACAGUUGCAAGAGCAGAUGAGUAUCAAGUUCAAGAAGCAGUUCCCAACUAGAAAAGAACUUGAAAUCGUUUCGCGUAAGAAAGAACGAGAAAGAGAACUGGAAGAUGAAACAACGCAAACAUCAUCACCUGGUACCGGUUGGCAAGGGCGUUUAUCGGCCUUUUUGCAUGUGCAUCGAGGGAGUCGCGCCUCCUCUCGCAAGUCCUCUAGGGCGUCCGACGCUAGUGAUCUCAGCGAGCUAGGCGGCCCUUGGCUGAAUUUACCGUUGCUGUUGCUCUCCAGCGCCACCAACAUGUCCCCCGAGGAGUUGGAUUUGACGCGCGACGCCGCCGAUGUUAGCAUCAAGGUUAGCGAAGCUACGCCAGAAUCCGGUACAACCCCAAUAACUCCCAUGCCUUCAUCACAGGCUCGUCGAAGGAGCAUUUACAGUUUUCCAUUCUUUCUGCGUCAUCAAGAUGCCGUAGAAAAGCCCGAUGAAAAAACUUCUCCCCUUCUAGGGCAUAAAGAAUUAAAAGCCUCCCAAACACUUCAUCCUGUGGCUGCCGAGGAACCGAAACCAAAAAGAGGCAGCGUAAUUCGCAGGAAAAGGGCUGGUUCGAAUAGUGAGUCGACAGUAGUACAAGUAUUGGUGCAUAGAGAAAGUGAAGAAUACAAUAACGACGAUGAAGCAGAUAGUAGCUGUCCCAUGAUAGCAGAAGACACCAAUCCAUCUGAGAACGAGAACGAAUUGACUGAUGUAGUUGUAGACUUAAACGAUGAAGAAUCGUGCAGCUGA